UAAGCGCGCGCGCGCGCACGACCCCCGCCCCGACCUCCGGCCACGGCGACCUCGCCGGUACCCCCGCCCCGGGGAGCCUGCCCAGGGCCGCCGCCGCCGCUCCGCCGCCCCGUUUUCAAGCGAAACCGCCGAUGACGCCGUUCCGCUUCUGUCGGCGAUCCGGAAGCGCUGAAGCACGCCCCGCCCCCUGACCCGGAAGCGCCUCGCCGCUGUCUUUCCGAGCCGGCCCUGGAAGGAGGAGAAAUGCAAGAGGAGGGAGAGUGAGAGGGGUAAGGAGCUCCCGGAGCUGUGAGGGUACGUUGACAUCUGUCUGAUACUAGACUGGUGAAUAGGAAGAAGGUCCCAUCUCUGGCCUGUUUGUGGAAGCUGGGAUGAUGAAGGCACUGCAGUGGGAACGAGCUGUGGUACAGGGUUGAAGCUCCAGCCCAUGUCUGGUAGUUAUAGAGCAAUUGGAAGGGUUACGUGCAGAGUUCUGGUAAAGAUGGAAGAAUCUCAUUUCAACUCCUCCCCGUACUUCUGGCCAGCAGUGCCCACCGUCUCGGGACAGAUUGAGAACACCAUGUUUAUUAACAAGAUGAAGGAGCAGCUAUUGCCCACAGARAAGGGCUGCAGCCUGGCUCCCCCCCACUACCCCGCCUUGCUGACAGUCCCCACCUCUGUGGCCCUGCCCACUGGAAUCUCCAUGGACUCGGACACCAAGCCGGAGCAGCUGACACCACACAGCCAAGCCCCUGUGACUCAGAACAUCACCGUGGUACCAGUGCAGUCUGCUGGGCUCAUGACAGCAGGUCCUGGUUUGGUGAUAACUUCCCCAUCAGGUUCUCUGGUAACCACAGCCGCCUCUGCCCAAACCUUUCCCAUUUCAGCUCCCAUGAUUGUCUCCGCACUACCCCCUGGCUCCCAGGCAGCCCUGCAGGUGGUUCCAGACCUGUCCAAGAAAGGGACAGCCACCCUCACUGAAGGUGGCGGGGGUGGGGGAGUUGCCCCUAAGCCACCCCGGGGCCGGAAGAAGAAACGACUGCAGGAGUCAGGGCUGCCAGAGAUGAGCGACCCCUUUGUGCUGACAAAUGAGGAUGAUGAGGACCAGCACAAGGAUGGCAAGACAUACAGGUGCCGGAUGUGUUCGCUGACCUUCUACUCCAAGUCGGAGAUGCAGAUCCACUCCAAGUCCCAUACGGAGACAAAGCCACACAAGUGUCCUCACUGCUCCAAGAGCUUCGCCAACAGCUCGUACCUGGCCCAGCACAUUCGCAUCCACUCAGGGGCCAAGCCCUACACGUGCAGCUACUGCCAGAAGGCCUUCCGCCAGCUCUCCCACCUGCAGCAGCACACACGGAUCCACUCCAAGCUCCACACGGCGAUUGUCAAGCCGCACAAGUGUCCUCACUGCUCCAAGAGCUUCGCCAACACAUCCUACCUGGCCCAGCACCUCCGCAUCCACUCGGGGGCCAAGCCCUACACCUGCCGCUACUGCCAGAAGGCCUUCCGCCAGCUCUCCCACCUGCAGCAGCACACACGUAUCCACACCGGGGACCGACCCUACAAAUGUGCUCACCCUGGGUGUGAAAAGGCUUUCACCCARCUUUCCAACUUGCAGUCCCACAGACGGCAGCACAACAAAGACAAACCUUUCAAGUGCCACAACUGCCACCGUGCGUACACGGAUGCUGCCUCAUUGGAGGUACACCUGGCCACGCACACGGUGAAACACGCCAAGGUCUAUACCUGCUCCAUCUGCAGCCGGGCCUACACCUCGGAGACGUACCUGAUGAAGCACAUGCGGAAACACAACAUCCCUGACCCACAGCAGCAGGUGGUUCAGGCACAAGCCCAGGCCUCGCAGCAGCAGCAGCACUUCCAGCCGCAGGGCGGGGGGGCAGCAGGGGGCCCUUCUGGAGACACUAACCAACCCAACCCUCCCCCCCAGUGCUCCUUUGACCUGACUCCUUACAAGACUUCAGAGCAUCACAAGGACAUCUGCCUCACUGUCAGCACCAGCGCCAUCCAAGUGGAGCACCUCUCCAGCUCCUAGAGAGACCUCAACCCAGGGAGCAGAACGCCUCUUGUGCAUAGCCUGUGCCAGGGGCACCGCUUGUGCAGCGGCCCUCCUCGUGCAACAGUUUCUGGCCUCUCCUCCUGCAACAGCCUCUUCUGGCCAUGUAACCCUGUUCAUGGCAGCCCCUUGAACAACAGCCUGUCUCAAGGGGGUGCUCCUUCUGUGCAACAGCCUGCCUGGUAGGAGGAUGCUUCCUUGUGCAAGAGCCCCUUUCCUGUGCUGGGAUCACUUCCUCAUGCAAGAGCCCCUCCUUUGAAACCCAAAGAAAGGCCCCUGUUUUGCCUUCUCUCUCACUGUAAGAUGCGUACGAAGCAGGGUUGUGUGCUGAGGCACACAUGGUGCAUGGGAUGGAGAGAUGGCCCUUGUAUGUACAGGGGCUCGGACAUGUGUUUUUAACAGGCCACAGAAGAAUGUGGCAGGGUUCACAGCUGGAUGGGGUUCUUUGAGGAUUGCCUUGAGUGUCUAAGAGAGAAAUAUCCAUUCCUGUCCCUCCUGCUUAUGAAAGGGAGGAGGGGUCACUCGUCCUGCCCCAAGGACUGRAUGGGAGAAACCUUCUCCCAGUGGAAGGUGAGACCAGUGGAGGUGGGAGAGGUGAGGCAUGUUCUCUGGGAUGGACAGGUGCCUACACUGCCCAAGGGCUGUGGAGUAUUGCAUUCUUUCUCCUCCCCUGGUGGAGAGCAAUAGAGAGGAGUCUGUCUGAACUGGCUGCUGCCUCUCUCUCCCAGCUGUCUGAGCAACAYAAUGGCCCCAUAGGAAUGUGGGUUCCUGCUCAUUGCUCUUCCUGCCUGUUGUGGAUGAUAUCCUAGCAGCUUGUACUCCUCCUCCUCUCCCUCCUGCUUUUCCCCCCACCUCCUCAGAAAAGCCUGCAGGCAUCAACAACAAACCAAAAAGCAACUGGAGGGAGUGUAAGUGACUGCCAAAAUAAUCGUCACCCUUCUCUCUACUCCCAUUCCUGAAAGGCGGAAUGACAGCAGUUYCGACACUCACAUACCUGUCCUGCCACCAGUUUCCCAAAGGGAAAGAGGAGGAUGAGGAGGAGGAGGAGGAGGAAUAGACCAGUCUUUUCAAGGAGYUGGCAGGAGGCAGGGAAAGGCUAGCUUCUCCUGCUCAUCUCCUGCCAGAGUGCUCUCCCAGGCUCCCUCUUGCCAAGACGGGCUGGACUCACAUGGCAGUGGUGGCCUCUUCUGGACCCUGGUCAUGGGAGAGAAUCCCCAAAAGGUGGACAGUGCAGAGAAGGGGAUGAAGGUCCCCACAGAGAGACCAAUCUAAUGAGAAGGGGGAGCCAACAAGAAUAAACUGAAGGCCCCUUGAAUUUAUAUAUAUAUAUAUAUAUAAAUAUCUAUUCCCCACCCCUGGCCCGCUCUGUCCUUGCUGUAACUGUUUCUAUCUCUGUGUUUAUAAAACGCAUUAUCCUGGCGAAUUUUUAUUUUCAAUCUUCGUUUGUUUUUCCCUUUCUCUUUGUCUUCAAUUCUUCUUCCUCUUAUUUUUUUUUUAUUGGUCCACAUGACUGCUAGUCUUGUGUGUUACUUGUUAGUUUCUUUGGAUCAUGGAGGCUGACUCGGAAGAGAAUGAGAAGGCAAGGGAAAAAGCAUGUGUUGUUGGGUUUUAAAUUCAGUCACCCACCCAAAGCCUAUAGAAUCCCAGACUUCUGUAUGAACAACCAAUAGGGGCUUUUUUUUUUUAAACCACCCUGUAUAGAAAUAAAUUGGUGUAAAAGGCUCCUUGAAGGUGCUGCUGCGAGCA